UGUCCCACUGGAUCCAGCGUACGGAAGGCCUAUUGUGAGCGUACGCGUGGUGGCAAGAUGCCCAGAUAUUCUCUCUUCUUUCACUGCGCGCUAAGGGACAGGACAAGCCACGAUCGAAGGGUGCUAAAACCGGCGGACCAGCUCAAGCUGGAAGGAUUUUUAUCCAGGGCUUCUCGGUAACCGCGAUUGUGGAUGACGAUUUGGGACACCUCUCCUUGAGGAGCGCAGCUCAAUCGAUUCAAGGGAAGGAAGAGAAUGGAUCCGGAUCCACACGCCUGCUCGCGCAUGGAUUGAGCUCUUCCAAAGUCAAACAUGACGGAACAGGAUCAUGAUAUCACGUCGCGCGAGGAAGCUGACACGGUGAAGUUGCUCUACUGCGCGAGCCGUGGCGACGUAGAGGGUCUCCGCCAAGCUUUGCGAGAGGGCGUGAACAAGGACGUUGCCGACUAUGACAAGAGGACCGCGCUACAUUUGGCUGCCAGUGAGGGCCAUGCCGACUGUGUGCUUCUUCUCAUCCAGCAUGGAGUCGAUCUUAGCCCCAGAGAUCGAUGGGGACGAACGCCUCUAGCUGAUGCGCGACGCUAUGGACACAUGCGUAUUUGCAAGCUUCUCGAGGCCCACGAAGCCAUGGACUAUGAAUCAGUUGUACCCGAGUACGAAAUAGAUCCUGGGGAGAUUGAGAGGAUUGGCAACAAUGAUCCCAUCGGGAGAGGUGCUUUUGGGGAGAUCCGAGUGGUCAAAUGGCGAGGCACAAAGGUUGCUGCAAAGACGAUCUUAACAUCUCUCUUACAGGACAAGCAAGUCGUAAGAGAGUUCGUGAGGGAGCUCGUCUUGCUGCAAAAGCUCCAUCAUCCAAACAUUGUCCAGUUUCUAGGAGCCGUCACUAAGCAAGAAAACCUGAUCAUAAUCACAGAAUACCUCCCCAAAGGCGACUUACAAGCUCUACUCAGAAGAAAGAGCAAAGGCUCCUUGGGCGGGAAACAAGUUCUUCAUUUUGCUCUCGACAUUGCAAGAGGCAUGAAUUUUCUUCACGAGCACAAGCCAGAGCCAGUUAUACACCGGGACUUGAAGCCCACAAACAUACUCCUGGACGACGCGGGCCAUUUGAAAGUUGGCGAUUUUGGAUUGAGCAGGCUUGUUAAAGCCUCCGGCGCUACGGUGGACGAAGUCUACAAGAUGACCGGAGAAACAGGAUCUUACAGGUAUAUGGCGCCGGAGGUGUUCAAGCAUCAAUCCUAUGACAAGAGCGUCGACGUCUACUCGUUUGCUCUCAUCGUCUAUGAGAUGUUUGAAGGUCAUGUAGGGAAUAGAUAUGAGAAUCCAAUUCACGCUGUGGAGGACAGGGCCAGGCAUGGCUAUAAACCAGCUUUCACAGCAAAGUAUCCGACGAAUAUGAAACAGCUUCUCACUCGUUGCUUGGACUUUGAUGCCAAAAAGAGGCCAUCGUUUCGGGAAAUAAUCGCGGAACUGGAAGACAUGGAGCGAUCGCAAAAAUUUGGCUGCAGCAUCUCGUGAUAGAGACGAAAGCAGAAGUUUUAAGUACUUAUUUUCACUUAUUUACGUGAAAUUUUGAAAAGAGGGCGAAUAAAUGACUUCGUAA